AUGAAGUUAUUUACUUGUUCGGAUAUUGGCGACGGGGGUGUCUUUAUCAUCGACAUCGACGACCAGCAAAAAGUUGGCCACCUGAAGGAUGCAAUCAAGGCAAAGAAUACCAGCAAAGUGACGUGCGACGCGAGCGAUCUGACGCUGUAUCUCGCCCAGAAGCACGGCGAGUGGCUCAAGGUGGACCUGAUCGGACGGCGCUGA